GGAAUCUCCACCAGCUGCGCAGACUCAGCAGCCCCUCACACAGUCACAUCAGGGUUUUCCGUCAGUCUGCUCGGAUUUAGUCUACUUAUUUAUUUAAUUGCUCGUUAUAUAAUAAACUCAGACUUCAAACACACACACGCUCACACACACUGAUCACUCUCAACCAACUAGCGCAUCCGGUGCAGUCUAAAGCCACACAGCGGUUCUCUGAUCAUCCUCCGCUCUCUCCCUAUGGUCUCUCUCCUCACAGCGAGUGCCCGUGACGGACGUGAAGCGACAGCGCUGACUUUGAUCGCCGCCGAGCUUGUGUCCCACACGGGGGCAGGCUUCCCGAGGCAGACGGACUCACAGAUACGCCAGCGGACAGACGGCGGUGUCAGCAGCCCAUCGGCGGCCUGCGACUGAAGGAGUAGCAUCAGCAUCCAACACCGCAUCCGCACCAUCCUCCUCCUCCUCCUUUGUCACAUCGGACAUGGCGGACUCCGGCCUCACAUCGCCCUCUGGGACCCCGUUGCGCUCGCCCAACGCCCCUCUCACCCUGUCCUUCCCCUUCCUGAGGGAGGGGAGCCGGGUGUGGGAGGAGGGGAAGGAGCAACCGUUGCCUCGGGAUCUGCCCAGCCCGUUGCCAACCAAACGCACCCGCACCUAUUCAGCUACAGUACGUGCACACUCAGGUCCAGUGUUUAAGGGUGUGUGCAAGAACUUCUCCAGGUCACAAGGUCACGGCUUCAUACGACCGUCCCACGGUGGUGAAGACAUCUUUGUUCACAUCUCGGACAUCGAAGGGGAGUAUGUCCCAGUUGAGGGCGACGAGGUCACGUACAAAGUGUGUCGGGUCCCACCCAAGAACCUGAAGGUGCAGGCAGUGGAGGUGAAGCUCACACAUCUCAACCCAGGGACGAAACACGAGACCUGGUCUGGGCAGAUCAUCAGCUCAUAGGGCCUGAGCUCCAAGCCUGGUGCGUCGUGCUGGGCAGGGCUGGAUAGGGGCUGGUAGAGGUGCUCUGGGACUUGUAACACACAUUCUUUGCUUAAAACUUUUUUAAAACAUGUUUUACCUACACAGCAUAGUGUCCAGUGUUUGUAAGUGUCAAUAAUUCAGUUGUAGCUGGAUGACCGAUGUAUGUCCAAUCAGAGCUGAUGAACUGUCUGUUUACUACAUGAAUAAUUUUGCCGUGUAUGGGAAACUGACCAUUUAUUCAUUGUUAGGAAAGUCACGUGCUUGAUUUAUCUAUAUUUUUUGUUUUCCUUUUUAAAGUCAAAUUUCAGAUGGGAGUAUAAAGUUACUCUGAUUUUCCAAUCAAAUGUGUAAAAUAUGAAACUUUGGGAAAACUACACAUAACUGCGGUGCAGAUCUUCACACUGUUCAAAACUUGUGACUGUUGAGUCUACGUGCAAGAAGGAGAGAGACAUAGGACAAAAGGAAGAAUUCAGUUUUACUUCCCUUCUUUGCAGCUGUUAUGCACUUGUUUACUUAACCAAAGUUCCCAGGAUGACAUGUUAGGUGCAAGCAUGGGUCAGAUGACUUGUUUUGCAACUUACGCUGUUUUUACGUUAAGUGCAGACUUUGGAAAGAUGAGCUUAAUGUUUGAAUUCAACAACAGAGAUAAUGGAUGUAAAAGAAAGUAGUUUAGCGACUUGACUAGGGUUGAAAAGAUUUGAAUGAUUGUAUUGCUGAGUGAAAGAAAGAUGAAAUGGCAAGUUGACAAUCCUCAGAGCAGUAAAUCACAACUGGGUUUGCAUUAGAAACCCGAAAAAAGACAUCUCGUGACUUCCUUGUGGGUUUCAGGUCACCACUAGAAACAUGAUCUUAGGACAGAAAAAAGGAAGUUUUAUUUUAAAAUCGAGAGGUGUAUGUACUGAAGGUUGGAGGCUGAGUAAAUUAAAAGUUUGUCUUAGAUAAAAAAGCAUAAAGGGAGACCAGGACUGAAGCAGGAAGCACAUAAUAAACCUAAUAUGAACAUUUUAAAAACAUAAACAAAAUAUAUAUUUUACUGUGAAUGUACAGCGAUUGCAAGUAUUUUCACCUUUAAAAAUGCAUAUCCCUGGCUGUAUUUUCUUGUUUUUGGGUAUUUAUUUUAAUUAUUUAUUUGAUGAUUUUUCAGAUUUGUGUGUGUCCUCAGAUUAUAAACUAUAUUUUUGGGUAAUACUAUCAAAGCUUGCACUGAAGAAAUUUGAACUUCCACUACAAAAACUGCCACAGCACUCCAGACAUCAUUGUUAAGGAUCAGUCAAUUUGUUGUCCUGUUUGAAAAUUCCUGUUUUGAAAGUGUCUGGAGCCAUGAAUUGCUGAAAAUCAAAACUAUUUCUAAAUCUCUUUUCUAUUAUUAGAAAAACAUGUAUCCGUGUGUGAUUUAUUGAGUGUAGUCAUCAUGAUGGUGAACUACAUGACUUCAUAGCUGGUGCCAAUAGAGAUCAUUGUCACAGAAAUGUUAUUGUUAUUCAAGUUAUAUAUUGUACUGUAUGUCAUUUUCUAUUAUAUCUGUCCCAUAGA